UUCAUCUUCCACUUAUCCUAGGACACUCUACUAGUCUACUGUGUGUGUGAGAGAGAUAGAGAGAUGGGUGAAUUAGGAGCUCAUGUAUUGGCAAUUCCAUUCCCAACACAAGGGCAUAUAAAUCCCAUUCUUCAAUUCUCCAAACGAUUAUCCUCAAAGGGUGUUAAAGUAACCAUAAUCGCCACAACUUUCAUGUCCAAAUCUCUUCCGCAGCUUCAAAAAGCAGCCGCCGACGCUUCCAUCCAAGUAGACUGCAUCUCCGACGGAUACAAUCCAGGUGACAACUUUCCCACCGUAGAUGAAUGUCUCGCUAGAUUUAACGACGUCGUUCCUCAAACCUUAACCCAACUCAUCGUCGACAAACAUCUCAACUCCGAUCAUCCCCCGACCGUCCUAAUCUACGACUCUGUUUUCUCAUGGGCCAUCGAUAUCGCUAAAAACCUCGGCCUUCUUUCAGCUACUUUUUACACUCAAUCAUGUUCUGUAUCUGCAAUUUACUAUCAUUUUACCCAAGCUAAUCUCAACAUUCCUUCUACACACGAGUCUUCUUUCUCUCUCGAUCUACCGCCCCUGCCCGCUUUGCCUCCAUUGAAGGUAACCGAUCUUCCAUCUUUCAUAGUUGAGUCGACAGAAUCGAACCCGAAUCUUUUCCAGCUUGUAUCUAGCCAAUUCUACAGCUUUGGGAAGGCAGACUGGAUAUUUUUUAAUUCUUUUGAUAAGCUUGAAGAAGAAGUGCUCAAAUGGGUGGAAACGAAAUGGGCAGUGAAGACGAUUGGACCUACAGUUCCAUCGAUGUACCUGGACAAGAAAAUGGAGGAUGACAGAGAGUACGGGAUCUGUCUCUUCCCUCCGAGCACUGAAUCGUGCAUGAAUUGGCUCGAUUCGAGGGAGAAAUCGGGAUCGGUCGUUUAUGUGGCGUUUGGGAGCUUGGCUAGUUUGGGAGAAGAUCAAAUGGAGGAAAUUGCACAAGGUCUCAAGAACACUAACGCUCCUUUCUUGUGGGUAGUAAGAGCUUCUGAAGAAGGGAAACUUCCUAGUUGGUUCAAGGAAGAGACGUCCGAAAAGGGUCUUGUUGUGAACUGGUGUCCUCAACUCGAUGUUUUGGCUCAUCGGGCUGUUGGUUGUUUCGUAACUCACUGCGGAUGGAACUCGACGCUUGAGGCACUAAGCUUGGGGGUACCAAUGGUGACUAUUCCUCAAUGGAGUGAUCAAAUGACUAAUUCAAAAUAUGUAAUGGAUGUUUGGAAAGUGGGAGUUAGAGUUAAAGUGAACAAUGAAAAUGGAUUCUUCACUAGAGAUGAAAUUGAGGUUUGUAUUAAAAAAGUGAUGGAAGAGGGAGAUGGAGGAAAUGGUUAUAGGUUAAGACAAAAUGCUUUGAAGUGGAAGAAGUUGGCGAUUGAGUCGGUUGAUCAAGGUGGCUCAUCCGACACUAAUAUUCAAGAGUUUGUUUCUACCAUUUCUCUGUUGAAGAAAAUGUAGCAGCACUCAUUAAGGUGUAGAUUUGUACUUGAUUCAUGUUUGUUUGGACUGCCUCGGGUUUAAAUGAAGUUGAAAUCCCUUCA